AGAAUCGCUUUCUUCAAAAUGAAACUGCAGUUGUUCGUAACUUUGUUCGUGUACUUGCUCCAUUGUUCCUUUGCGAAAGUGGCUGAUGGACCAGACGAGUUUUGUGAUGAGGGUCCCCCAGGAAAUUAUUGUCUCCCGGAUCUCACAGGCUGGCAUAACUGUUAUGUUGACCAUAAGACUGGCCAGAUGGUGGACAAAAUCACUACAUGUCCUCCAAACACAAGGUGUGCCACCUUCUGAUUUACCGAGUCGAAAUGUCAAGGAUCAUGAAGGAGCGGUCGUCGUUUAUCUAACGGGGGGAGCGGGGGGUGGUGGGUGGGGAGGUAGGGGUUUAGAGGAUUUUGGGGGAGGGUCGCAUGGUUAUCGGGGGAAUUGAGGUGGGGGGGGUAACAGUCGUCGUCAACAGAAUAUAAAGGGGGAACUGUAAAAAACUGCCCGCCAAUAAGGAGAGCAGUAGAAUACUACAGAGCAUGGGGGGGGUCAGGUGAUUUCUAUUGUGACACCGCGAAAAUAUUUUAACUCGCUCAGUUUUUGGUUUGUCUUCAUUUCCAAAGGCGAGAAAAUCAGAUUUUUGUCCCGCGCUCGUUAUGAAAAAGUAUUUUUUUAGUUGAUGUUAUUUGUAUUUGAGUCUCAUCAUUAUUGUCAUGAAUUUUUUUUCGAUUAGAUGUGUUUGUUUUGAUGGCCCUCCAUGUCCAGACUACAUCGAAGAUCCUUGCCAGACUUUCAUACCUCCACCGCCGACUCCCGAUAAAUUCACCAUGUAUUACAACUCCAAACUAACAGUGUGCUCGCCCAUGGGAUGCAAGACCACUUACAGUUCUGGGAGGGAAUUGCAGUCUCUGACUGAUCUUAAAAAGAGAGACGAUCAUGGAUCAAUAUACUGGUCGUCUACGUUCGUUUUACCAAGACCUGGUGGUGGUUUUAAUCAGGUAAGAAGGUCUUUGUUCUCACUCAGAGAAAGCUUCACGGGUCACAAGGAACGUUGGGAUUGGAGCUUUUUUUUAUACUCCAUCAGCAUCAUGGCUUCUAAAUAAUUGAUGCCCGUGAGGCUUUCCAGCGCCACUCCAUUUUGGAAAGGGCUUAUUAUAUUAUAUAUGUCGGGUAACUUAAAAGACCUUCUUCCACUUCGAAUCUUACUCGAGCAUAUUUGAGCAAUUUUUACAUUUUUUAUGGGGGGUUGGGUGGUGUCACAUCUUCUUCCGCUGGGCAUGAGUACCGACGGAUUCACAAUUAUGCACCAGAAAGAGAUAUACCCAUUGUUUCCAUCACAUUGUCUUAUAUAUCGCUAUAUUAUUCACAGACUGAGUUUCGAUGGGAUAAGGAGCAGUGCGUAACGCAGGAAAUAAAAACUUUUCCUGUAUCGCAAGUCCCUCCCUUCUUCAGUUUCAACGGCACAGUCAAAGUUGGCUACCUACUCUGUGAUAAGUGGAUAUGGAAGACUGGGGGCCACAAUCCAGGGCAGCCAACAUCCUUUCAAGCUUAUUACAUAACGAACCAAACGAAUGCAGCGAGCGAUCUCGAAAAAGCCUCGAUUGCGCCAGUCAUGAUAGAGUCUACUUACAAUUCGGGGCCUUUGGGAAAAACAAGUUCCCAUAUGGUGCUAAAUGUAACUGCCUUCGCGAUAGGUGUCGAUGAAGACUCUUUUGAACUUCCCACUUUUUGUUUGAAUCGUCCAUCAAUAGCUGUGGUAUAA